AUGGCGCCACCUCCCCGCCGCCGCCUCGUCGGCCUCUCCUCCAAAAUGUACUUUUCGCUCGACAAGACCCAAGAGUACACCAAAGACGUUCUCGACCGUCUGGCCGCCCUCCCACCAGCGCUCCUCUCCGAGAUCGACGUCUUCAUCCUUCCCGACUUCCUCACCAUCCCCGCCACCGUCGCCCACGUCCAGGCGAGCCGGCUGCCCGUGUGGACCGGCGCCCAGGACUGCCACUGGGAGGACCAGGGUUCUUUCACGGGUGAGGUGAGCCCCGCGGUGCUGCGGUCGGUUGGCGCCCGCAUCGUCGCGGUCGGCCACGCUGAGCGCCGCCGGCUCUUCAACGAGGACGACGCCGUGACGGCGCGCAAGGCGGCCGCCGUCAGCCGCAACGGCAUGGUGCCGCUGGUGUGCAUUGGCGAAAAGACCGAGGGCGAUACCAAGCUGGCGGUCGAGGAGUGCAGGCCGCAGGUGGAGGCGGUCGUCGACGGCCUGGCGGACGACGCCGAGGUUGUGCUGGCCUACGAGCCCGUCUGGGCCAUUGGCGCCUCGCAGCCGGCGGGAGACGCGCAUGUGCUAGCCGUGGUCGCUGGUCUGCGCGAGCUCGACUGCAUCAAGAACAGAAAAGGCACGACGCGGGUGGUCUACGGCGGAAGCGCGGGUCCUGGCUUGUACGAGCGCCUCAAGACUGGUCUCGAUGGCCUGUUCCUCGGCCGCUUUGCUCAUGACCCAGAGCGCUUUGUGCAGACUGUCAAGGAAGUCGCCGAGGCGUAA